CUUGGUCUAAAGAAGUUGGUGGCUUGCCAAAAAGUUGUCCCCUGUAGAAGUUCACUAGAGUUUCACACAGAGCAUAAUGCGUGCCAAUCAGAGGCCCCGCCGUUUCUGUACUUUGGAACUGCCAAAUCUGCAAUGUCAGGCAGGUGGCCUGUACAUGAUGUGGAAGAAACUAUUCGUCAUUUGUAGAGGGCGCACAGGACGUGUGUGUACUCUGAAGCAGUGAAGGAUAAUCAUAUGUUCCGUGUGCUAGUAAUAGAUGGACUAUUUCGCCGCAGCUAACACACCCAAAGAACUUGCAAUGAAAAUAACUACAAAACAUAUUCGUAGACUUUGACCUCCUUUCCUUUUGACAAACAUCACUGUUGGGAAAGACGGGUUCACUUGAAGCUCAAAUAAUUAUCAAAUCAUUUACGUAAUAAAUUAUGCGUGUCUCUAGUCAGAAAAUGAAACCUUAUUCGGAAUGUGAAGUACAAUGUUGAAAAGUACGUCGUUGUCCCAAUUUCCACACCCCUUCUAUUUGCCAUCGAUGGUAGGUUCCACAGACGUGUCUUCCGCGCGUCCAGAUGUACGAGGUCCUUUCCUGUAGCUGGCUCUACUGCUGGAACUAGGACGCUAGAGGCAUGAGGCUGACAAGACUAUCACCAGACACGGACUCAGCUGUCAUGUGGAGACUGGGAACGUUUGUGCUAGCACUGUGUGCUUUGUUGGACUGUGGAGUUGGAGCGGCUACGAUCCGGCAGGACGCGGCGGGCUGUACGGCCAGGGGGAACCCUGUAUAUUCCGUGGUGUUCAAGGGCGAGUGGACCAAGUCGAAAUUCCCCAAGCAGUAUCCGCGGCGCAGGCCGCCUGCACAGUGGUCUACUCUGGCCGGUCGUGUUCACAACAACGCACACUUCAUGUGGUCUCAGGGCCAGCUCGCUACACCUGGCGUCCGUCUGUUCGCAGAGGAGGGCAAGACCGUGUGGCUCAUGAACGAAGGGAAGUUCAUUCCAGACGUGGAGUCCCAGUUCCUGGCACCACGAGUGGGGAGGGGGGUGGGCAGCACGGCGGCCAACAUCACAGUCAAUAACAAAUACCCACUGGUGUCCUUCAUGGUGCGUCUGGUGCCGAGUCCUGAUUGGUUCACAGGGGUAAGCAGUUUAAGCCUGUGUGAGGACGGCCAAUGGAAGGACGAGGUUCACGUGGACCUGGACCCUUGGGACGCGGGAACGGACGGCGGGCUCACAUUCAGCUCCCCGAGCUUCGCCGAGAA